AUGCUCUUCAACAAAGUCUUCGCCGUCUCCACACUCACUACUCUUGCUGCCGCCACAGCCAUCGAGCGCCGCACGGGCCAGCCUAACGAACAGUGCCCAGGCCUCCAAUGCUGCCAACAGACCGGCCAAGCGACCGACACCUCUAUCAUUACCGGAGCUGGACUUCUUGACCCGCUCGGGCUCAACGGGCUCCUCACCUUACUGUUGGGCGUGCCCCUCGGCGUCAUCGUCGGUCUCAACUGCAGCCCCAUCACCGUUAUCGGUGGUGGCAACGGUGCAUGCGGCUCUGGAGGCACUUCUGUUGUUUGCAAUGACAACAGCCACGGUGGUCUCGUCAACAUCGGAUGCGUUCCCAUUACCAUCUAA